UGAAGUUGUAGAUAAUUUCGUAUACCUAGGAACCAACAUUAACACCGAUAAUAAUGUCAGCCUUGAAAUCCAACGCAGAAUCACUCUUGCCAACAGGUGCUACUAUGGACUGAGUAGGCAAUUGAAAAGUAAAGUCCUCUCUCGACGAACAAAAACUAAACUCUACAAGUCCCUCAUCAUUCCCGUCCUACUUUAUGGUGCAGAAGCGUGGACGGUGUCAACAUCCGAUGAGACGGCACUAGGAGUUUUCGAGAGAAAGGUUUUGCGGAAGAUUUACGGUCCCUUAAACAUUGGCAACGGCGAAUACCGCAGAAGAUGGAAUGAUGAGCUGUAUGUGUUGUUCGACGACAUAGACAUAGUCCAGCGAAUAAAAAGACAGCGGCUACGCUGACUGGGUCAUGUUGUUCGAAUGGAUGAAAGUGCCCCAGCUCUGAAAGUUUUCGAUGCAGUACCCGCUGGUGGAAGCCGAGGAAGAGGGAGACCUCCACUCCGGUGGAAGGACCAGGUGGAGAAGGACCUGUCUUCACUUGGUAUUACCAAUUGGCGCCAAACCGCCAAAAGGAGAGAUGCGUGGCGCACUGUUGUGGACUCGGCUAUAACCGCGUAAGCGGUUUCUACGCCAGUUAAGAAGAAGAAGAAGAAAGUUCAAUAAAUAAAAAUGGCCACAAGUUCUAAGCAAGCAACUGCUUCACAGCGUAAUUUGAAUGAGUUGAAACUACAUUUCAUGGAGAAAUUAAUGAAGAAAAUAUUUUGCUUCUACGAUGAACAGUCUUUAAUUGAUGUGACUUUUAAAGUUUCUAACCCAGAGGCUUUUAUACCCGCGCAUCGUUUGAUACUCUCAGCAGCGAGUCCUUACUUUGAGAACCUCUUCAACGGCGAUCGAGGCAAUGCACAUGUCAUCGAAAUAAAUGAUAUUGAUAGUGAUAUCUUUGAGCGCUUAAUAACAUUUUGCUACACCGGAAAAGCGCUGUUUACCGUUAACAAUGUCGCUGCGACGCUGAAGGCGGCAAUCGUGUUGCAAUUGGAAGAUGCCGCGACCAUUUGCAUGGACUUCAUUAUGUCGCACAUCGAUGAAUGCACAUUACAGGGUGUAUAUGCGUUAGAACGCGAAACGCAAUGUGAACUUGUCAAGCGGAAAAUCCACGAAUACGAAAUACAGAAUUUCUUAGAGAUCAGCCAACGCGACGAGUUUCUCAAUUUUGAUGUUGAGAAAUUGCAAUGCCUUCUAAAAUCGGACAAUUUGAAUAUAACCUGUGAGGAAGAUGCAUAUGGUGCCAUAACUCGUUGGUAUAAUCAUGAUGUUUCUGCGCGCCAAGAACACCUCCCUCGUUUAGUCGCUUGCCUGCGGCUCACUCAAUUCGAUGUGGACUUCCUUUUGACUCACAUUCAGUCAUUACCUGGCUGUGAAUUGUUGGCCCUCCAGGCGUCCACGUGGAUCAGUAAUCCCUCAGCACGAACUAAGAUAAAUAUGCGAUUUACUGAACCACGUGUAGGUAUCGGUGCUGGAAAUUGUGAUGAGAAAACAUUGCUGCUUGUUUACGAAGAGCAUAAUUCGUCGAAGGCAUGUGCACUUCAAUAUAAUAAAGCUGAGGACACAUGGCAAAAAUAUGCGACUCUAUAUAAUUAUAAUAUAAACUCUAGUGCGAUUUUAAAGGAUGACAAUUUGUUAUUUAUUGGUGGUGAUAGCUAUAAAUCACCAUCCAAAAGUUUUCUCAGUUGGAAUAUUCCAAAUAAAACAUGGCGAAAAUUGUCAAAAAUGAACCAUAGAAGACAAGACCAUAGUGUUGUCGAAUUAGAAGGAAAAAUAUACGCUAUUGGUGGUCGUGGUGAGAAUGAUACUAUUUUGCAGUCAGUUGAAAGGUAUACAGCAUCCAAUGGUUGGGAGUUCGUGGCACCUUUGAUUACAGCACGUUGCGAGGCCGGUGCAGUGUCUUUGAAUGGUAAAGUUUACAUAAUAGGCGGUUCGAAUGGAAAAACCUUAAAAUCCGUGGAAUGCUAUAACCCGGAUUCGAAUAGUUGGACUUAUUGUGCAGUUAUGCGCGAAGAGUAUCCGAGCCUUAGUGUAGCUGCACAUAAUGGUGACAUCUAUGUUGUAGGCUAUUUUAAAGGUAUGCCAGCUGUUGAACGUUACGAUCCUUACCGAGACACAUGGACUCAGAUUUGCUCUCUGGAUGGCAAACUAAAUCUUACAACAAAACGCCCAUAUGUCCUCUCUGGUAAUUGGUACGGUUUCGCUUGCGCAUCUCUUGACAAUGAACUAUGGGCUAUUGGUAGCAGCAUGAACAAUGAGACAACAGUCGAAGUUUAUAACGAAGAAAAUGAUCAUUGGGUACAGAAGAGGCCGUUACCCAAAGGUUUCAUAUAUUCAUGUUUUGUUAUACCCGUAACUUUUCUGACUUCAAAAUAAACAAACAAUAAUAGAAA